GUUACGCUUAAAAAAAUGAAAGUCAAUUUUCUCUCUAAUAUAAAUCUCUAUCGUCACACACCCAAUAAGCGAUCUCAACACACUCCCCAAAUUAACACACACACACACACACACACACACACACACACACACACACACACACUAGUAUAAAUCAACUCUUCCCCGUUUUCUGAUCCCCCAUUCUAAUUCCCCCUUAAAUUCCCCUUUUCCCAGAUCUAUAUCUCAUAACUCAGAUCCAAUUAGGGUUCGUAGGUAUUACGAUUUGAUCUCGCACACCGACGGUUGAAUUUGAUUUCAAUUGAGGGGAAGAUUUGAUACAACAAAAUGUUAACGAAGUUUGAAACGAAGAGUAAUCGAGUGAAGGGUUUGAGUUUUCACAGCAAGAGGCCAUGGAUCUUGGCCAGUCUUCACAGUGGUGUGAUCCAGUUGUGGGAUUAUCGCAUGGGCACUCUCAUCGAUCGGUUUGACGAGCAUGAUGGCCCCGUCAGAGGCGUCCACUUCCACAAGUCUCAGCCUCUCUUCGUCUCCGGAGGUGACGACUACAAGAUCAAGGUUUGGAAUUACAAGUUGCAUAGGUGCUUGUUUACAUUGCUUGGCCAUCUUGAUUACAUCCGUACUGUUCAGUUCCAUCACGAAUAUCCCUGGAUAGUCAGUGCAAGUGAUGAUCAGACAAUUAGAAUAUGGAACUGGCAGUCCCGUACUUGUAUUUCUGUCUUGACUGGGCACAACCACUAUGUGAUGUGUGCCUCAUUCCAUCCCAAGGAGGAUCUGGUCGUAUCAGCUUCUUUGGAUCAGACCGUUCGAGUUUGGGAUAUUGGUGCUCUGAGGAAGAAAACUGUUUCCCCUGCUGAUGAUAUCCUGCGGUUAAGCCAGAUGAACACAGACUUCUUUGGUGGCGUUGAUGCUGUUGUGAAGUAUGUGCUAGAGGGUCAUGAUCGAGGGGUGAAUUGGGCAUCAUUCCAUCCCACUCUCCCUUUAAUUGUCUCCGGAGCUGAUGACCGUCAAGUGAAAAUCUGGCGAAUGAACGACACAAAAGCAUGGGAGGUUGACACAUUGAGAGGGCAUAUGAACAAUGUUUCAUGUGUUCUAUUCCAUGCAAGACAGGAUAUCAUUGUCUCAAACUCAGAAGAUAAGAGUAUUCGAGUGUGGGAUGCUACAAAGAGAACAGGUCUUCAGACUUUCCGUAGGGAACAUGACCGGUUCUGGAUCCUUGCUUCUCAUCCUGAGAUGAAUCUCUUAGCAGCUGGCCAUGACAGUGGCAUGAUUGUAUUUAAGUUGGAGAGGGAACGCCCUGCAUUUUCUGUGAGUAAUGACUCUCUGCUUUAUGUUAAAGACCGCUUUCUGCGUGUUUUUGAGUACUCAACUCAGAAGGAUAUUCAGUUAAUUCCAAUUCGAAGGCCUGGUUCUAACAGCUUAAAUCAAGGCCCCCGCACUCUUUCGUACAGUCCCCUUGAAAAUGCCGUUUUAAUCUGUUCAGACAUGGAUGGAGGUUCUUAUGAACUUUAUGUUGUACCCAAAGAUAGUUACGGUAGAGGUGAUACUGUUCAAGAAGCAAAAAGGGGUAUUGGAGGUUCAGCAGUUUUUAUUGCCCGAAAUAAGUUUGCUGUACUUGAGAAGAGCAGCAACCAGAUAGUAGUAAAAAAUAUGAAGAAUGAUCCAAUCAAGAAGUGCCCUCUUUCUAUUCCUACAGAUGCAAUUUUUUAUGCAGGCACUGGAAAUGUAUUGUGUCGUGCAGAAGAUAGAGUAGUCAUAUUUGACACUCAUCAGCGUACUGUUGCUGGAGAGCUUCAGACUUCUUUCAUUAGGUAUGUUGUGUGGUCAAGUGACAUGAGUAGUGUUGCUUUGCUCAGCAAGCAUUCAAUUGUGAUAGCUGAUAAGUCACUUGUGCACCGUUGCACUCUUCAUGAGACGAUUCGCGUCAAGAGUGGAGCUUGGGAUGAUAAUGGUGUCUUCAUAUAUACAACACUGACACAUAUCAAAUACUGCCUUCCUAAUGGUGAUAGUGGGAUCAUCAAAACUCUGGAUGUCCCCAUAUACAUCACCAAAAUAUAUGGCAAUACCAUUUUUUGCUUGGACCGAGAUGGCAAAAAUCGUCCUGUUAUCAUUGAUUCAACUGAAUAUAUUUUUAAGUUGUCAUUGCUGAGGAAGAGAUAUGAUCAGGUCAUGGGCAUGAUUAGGAACUCGGAACUGUGUGGGCAAGCGAUGAUUGCAUAUUUACAGCAGAAGGGCUUUCCUGAAGUUGCUCUGCAUUUUGUCAAGGAUGAGAGAACAAGAUUCAACCUAGCUCUUGAAAGUGGAAAUAUCCAGAUAGCUGUUGCAUCUGCCAAAGAGAUUGAUGAGAAAGAUCAUUGGUACAGGUUGGGAGUGGAGGGCCUUCGUCAGGGUAAUGCUGGUAUUGUUGAAUAUGCAUACCAGAAGACCAAGAACUUUGAAAGAUUGUCCUUCCUUUAUUUGAUUACAGGUAAUCUGGACAAGCUGUCCAAGAUGAUGAAGAUUGCUGAAGUUAAAAAUGAAGUUAUGGGCCAGUUCCAUGAUGCCUUAUAUAUGGGUGAUAUUCAAGAGCGCGUCAAGAUUUUGGAGAAUGCUGGUCAUUUGCCUCUUGCGUAUAUCACUGCCAAGGUCCAUGGGCUUGAUGAUGUUGCAGAGCGUAUAGCUUCUGAGCUGGAGGAAGUUCCUUCCUUGCCCCAGGGGAAAUCUGCUUCGUUGUUGAUUCCCCCGAAACCAGUGCUCUCUGGUGGAGAUUGGCCUUUGUUGAUGGUCACCAGAGGUAUCUUUCAUGACCUUGAAAAUCCUGGCCGAGGGGCACAGGAAGAAGAGUAUGAAGAACCUGCAGGCAAUUGGGUGGAAGAGUUGGAUGAUAUUGGUGAGGCCGACAACAUUCCAAAUGGUGACAGCGGUGUGGAGUUUGAUGAUGAAGAAAUGCAUGAAGAAACUGGAUCAGGGGGAUGGGAACCUCUGGAUCUGCCUGCUGAUGUCGACACACCAAAGACUGCUCCAAAUGUUCGUUCUUCUGUAUUCGUGACACCAACUACUGGAAUGCCUGUAAGCCAGAUUUGGACUCAGAAAUCUUCUCUUGCAGCAGAACAUGCUGCUGCAGGCAAUUUUGACACUGCAAUGCGGCUUCUUAACCGGCAAUUGGGAAUAAGAAACUUUUCUCCUUUGAAGCAACUAUUUAUAGAUCUUCAGUCUGGAAGUCAUAGUUACUUGUAUGCCUUUUCCUCUGCACCUGUGAUUACUGUUGCAGUAGAAAGGGGCUGGAGCGAGUCAGCAAGUGGUAACGUUCGAGGCCCACCUGCUCUUGUGUUUAACUUUUCUCAGUUGGAGGAGAAGCUGAAGGCUGGUUACAGGGCUACUUCAGCUGGGAAAUUUACUGAGGCUCUGAAAAUCUUCUUGUCUAUUCUACAUACAAUACCCCUUAUUGUAGUCGAGACGCGAAGAGAGGUUGAUGAAGUUAAGGAAUUAAUCAUCAUUGCAAAGGAGUAUGUUCUGGGUGCGCAAUUGGAACUGAAGAGGAGGGAGAUGAAGGAUGACCCUGUCCGUCAGCAGGAACUAGCUGCCUACUUCACUCAUUGCAAUCUCCAAGCUCCUCACGCCAGACUCGCCCUUAUGAAUGCCAUGAGUGUUUCCUACAGGGCUAAAAAUAUGAUCACUGCUGCUACCUUUGCUAGGCGAUUGUUGGAAACCAAUCCGCCUAAUGAGGAUCAGGCCAAAAAGGCCCGUCAAGUUCUUGCGGCUGCUGAGAAGGACAUGAACGAUGUUUCUCAGUUGAAUUAUGAUUUUAGAAAUCCCUUCGUGGUGUGUGGGGCAACGUAUGUGCCAAUAUAUCGCGGACAGAAGGAUGUCACUUGCCCUUACUGCAGUACUCACUUUGUUCCAUCACAUCAGGGGCAAUUGUGUACUGUGUGUAACCUCGCUGUUGUUGGAGCCGAUGCAUCUGGCAUUCUUUGCUCACCUUCACAAAUCCGAUGAUUUUGAGUUAUUCCAUACGUGUAGUUUGUUCCAACAGGCCGUUACCUUUCCUAGGAAAGUUACAGGUACGGGAACCUACCCACCAGUGCUUUAGUUUUGUGAAUUCUGCGAUCAGUUACCUUAAAAUUCAGUAGCCUUCUUGUUUUAUAUUGUGGAAUGCUUGCGUUCUUGAAUUCAAUAUAUGCAUGUUCAUAUUUUUCUUUUUGAAUGUUAACAUGCCAGUCUUUCAUUUGAAAAGUUGGUCCUCUUUACUUUCUCUGGUUUAAAUUUUCAAUUCUGAAGCUACUCUAUUACUAUGGACUUUGUUCCUCUUUCCCAAAUCCCAUUUUUGAUAAAUCCAUAUUGACUUGAGCUUUCAAAGGGAAUGAUCAGUGCAGGUAACCAUUGAUUUAUCCCGUGAAUCCAUUUCAGCCUAUAACUUCAGCCUCUGUUGUUUUUAUUCUGUUCUCUUCUUUGGUGUUGAGUAAUCUUGGAGGGAUAGAAUAUUUGGAAUUUUCUUGCAUCUUCACGCUAGAAAUGUUUCUUGUGUGCUGCAGAUAUAUUUUUUUUCCGAUUGUUAUUGGGGAGAGUUUCAAAUCAGAAGGUUUUUGUAGAGAAAGCUGGAGGAGGCUGCUGAGAAUGUUUGUUUUGAUAGGUCGACCACUGUUGCUGCAUCAUCAACUAGGCAAAAGGAGCUUUACUCUGUUGAUGGAUCUGAUUUUGGUUUUUGCCAUUUCUCUGGUGUAUCUGGUGAUGAAUAAUGUGUUGGAAUUAUUUAAGUACUAUAUAUUUUCUUUUUGUAUUAAUUCAACUAUACUGUUUUUGUUUCUUCUUACUUGUAGUUCUAUCCUCCUGUACGAGAUUUCGUUAUUUUUAUCAUAUUUACUCUGCUGGAUUCAGUCAUAUCUUUUGCGUCCAUUUGGUUACUUGAAAGCUGCUUUAAAGAGAUGAUAAGAGUUACUAUCUACGACUCAAUUAGCACAACAGACGGUAAAACCUUACCACUAAAGACACAAGAAGAAUUUUGAAACGGAGUCCAUGUUGUCUUGCGUUUGAUUUGAUCCCGCCAGUUCCUGCAUUUUUGUUUGGCUGAGAAUAAACCCUGAAGUUCAAUCAGUUCAUGUAAGGUCCCAUUCGCUGCCGGUUAGGGUUCCGACCAUUUAAUAUAGUACAAUCACAUAAAUAGGAGUGUUUCCAAAUCAGUUUUGC